CUAUGUGCUUCAUUUUUAACAGUUUUUAAGAAAAGCAAUACAUAUAAAUCUUAAAAAUAACCAAAGCAAUGCGAAAAGCUUGCAAUAAGUGAAAAUAAAGAUACGUUAAAAACAUAAACAAAAAAGAGCAAUGUAGGGGGUGUUUUAAUUUUCUAUUCGGGCUGCAUAUAGAAUUUUAGGUGACUAAAAAGAUAAUAUGUAUUUAAAUAACAAAAAGAAAGUCAACAUUUAAAGAAACAUCUACAUAUGGACACAUUCAAUGCUAUAACUAUAUACACAAAAAGAUGCAAAUCAAAUUAAUUAGUGAAAUAAUGAAAAAUGCUUUUCAUAAAUGCAUGUAGUAAGCCGUAUAAUAGUAGAAAUAAUAAUAAUAACAAUGUGAAUACAAAGACGAAAGAGAACAUUGAAAAUGAAGUGCAAAGAGCUUACGAGCAGACAAAACGAAGAGCCAAGUAAUUUAUGUAGGGGGUGUUUUCACACAAACAUCACAAUACCUCAAGUUGCACUGCCAAGAAUGGAGUUUCAAGUGAGCAGAAAAUCAAUAAACGACUUCCGUUGUUUUUUUUUUUGUGCCUCCUGACUUGCAGCCAAAAAUGUAGAAGCCACAAAGGCACACCCCCAACAAACAAAAAGCCGAACAAAAGCGGAAGCGAAUCAAUUGUUUGGCCCGAAAUAUUGUGCUGACUGCAGUGACACAAUUUUGGUCGAAAGCCACACGACAAUAAACCAAAAACUGCCAUCCGCCCAGCUCACUCAAUAUAUUUUUGGUUUCCGCUCUUCUUUUUUUUGUUGUUUUCUAUUCAUUUUUUUUCGGUUAAGAACAUUUAGCACAGCAAACUAAAUUUAGCCAGCACGACGUCGUCAACGAUGAGAACUUACAAAAUCUGUCGCCAACUGCAGGCAAACUUUGUGACCGCGUAGCAGCGGGAAAUGUCCCACGAUUAUCAAUAACCGACACGCGCGUCUAUCCGAAAUCAAUCCACAUCCAAAACCAAAUCAGAAUCUCCAACCGAAUCAAACCAAUACAAAUCGGAAGCGAGGACCGAGAGGAGAAUCAGCAUCAGUUCCUAUGCAGCUAGAGCCGGGUUUAAAUGAAAUUGAGCAAGAGCCUGGCAAACUGUCGCGCCAUCCGGCGCUAUUUGCUCAUCUUCACGGCCGUGUCCCUGCUGCUCCUGCCCCUCUCGCUGGUCUACCUGGUGUGGAACGAGCAGCUGCAGAAGAUCCGAGGAUUCGAGCAGCAGGAGUCGCAGCAGCAGCAGCAGACGCAGCAACAUGACCAGUCUCCGUAUCCGGUGGUCCGGUAUCCAGUGCUGCUGCUCAACAAAAACAAAAACAAGGACCUAACCGUCGUGGCAACGGGCAAGACCAAGAACAAGUGGCGCUAUGUUGAUAAAGACAGCAACCAGACACUCCUGCCCCUCAUCCCCGAGUAUGCCGUGCAGACGCUCACGCCGCAGGAAAUGCUCCAGGUGGAGCAGCGGAUGGACCAGCGCAGGGAGCGGCUGAAGGACAAGUGCUCCGCCUACGGCCUGGACGUCCUAGGUCACGACUCGUGGCACACCCCAAACACGUGGGAAUUUUUGGUCAACAAAAAGUAUCACAUUAUCUGGUGCAAUGUCUUUAAGGCAGCCUCCUCGUCCUGGAUGUUCAACUUCAAUGUCCUGGCCGGCUACUCGCCCAGUUAUUUGCGUAAGACGAAAAAGAUUCUCCUCAAUCUGGCCAGGGAGCGCUAUCCCCGGGUGACACUCGAUGAGCUGCGUGAGGCACAGAACUACUCGCUGACCUUUAUCAUCGCACGCGAUCCCUUCGAGCGGCUGUUGAGUGCCUAUCGGGACAAAAUGGUGUUCGCUUUGCCCUAUUCCUUCCACGAUAAAUUGGGACGCAGCAUUGUGCGCAAUUAUCGCAAGAAGCCCUCGUUGGCUGGGCGUGCGGCCAACACAAAGUUCCCCUCGUUCCCGGAGUUUGUGCACUGGCUGCUCGACCAGGUGAAGCGCGGCAGCUUCAUCGACAUGCACUUCGUGGCGGCCACUUCCUUCUGCACACCCUGCCUCAUCCGGUUCGACAUGAUACUGAAGUUCGAGUCGCUGGCGGAGGAUCAAUUAUAUCUAAUCGAAAAGACUGGCCUUAAGCGGGUGAUAGCGCCCGUGUGGCGCAACAUGGGCAAGGGCCGCAAGACGCACGAGCUCCAACAGCAAUUCUACGCGCAGCUGACGCGCCAGGAAAUGCUCGAGCUCUACGAGUAUUACAAAUACGACUUUGAGCUGUUUGACUACGACAUCCAGGAGUAUCUGCAGGUGGCCCGGCCGGAUGAGGCUGAAAGUCCGGCGGGCACAAAGAAUUAACCUAGCUCCGAACACUUAGACUUUGCUAAAAACCAAUGAAUCAAGUUCAACGAACUCACAUAUUAGCCGUCACAGUACGUAAUUGCAAAUGUUGAUAAUACUGAAGGAAAACAAUAAUAAACUUAACUAUAUUUAAACGAAAA